AUGGCUGAAAGUAUGGAGGGUCAUCUUCAAUGUCCCACCUGUCUGGAAAUCUUCAAAGAUCCUGUGAUUCUUUUGUGCAGUCACAGCUUCUGCCGUGUGUGUCUGCAGCAGUGGAAGGACAAAGGAGAACGAUCGUGUCCACUUUGUAGGACAGAGUUUAGUUCUAUGGAUCCACCUGCCAACUUGGCACUGAGGAAUAUGUGUGAGAACCUUUCACGAGCCUCAGUCAAAUCAGAAGACAUCUGCAGCUUGCAUGAGGAGAAACUUCAACUCUUCUGUUUGGACCACCAAGAGCUUGUGUGCCAUAUCUGCAGAGACGCAGAAAUCCACGUUGGUCACACGUUCCGGCCCCUCAAAGAAGUUGUAAAAGGUCAUCAUGAGGAACUCCAGAAAGGCCUGCAGAAUGCCAAGGAAAGACUCAAAGAUUACAACGACUGUCGAGAGAACUGCAACGAACAGGCAGAGUACAUCAAAGUCCAGAGGGAGAAGGUCAAACGCAAGAUUAAGAAGGAUUUUGAGGAGCUCCGUCGCUUUCUUAACGUCGAGGAGAAGGCCAUGUUGGCUGCGGUCAGGGAGGAAGAGAAGAAGAAGAGUCACACGAUGAAGGAGAAGAUUGCGGCUCUCGACAGACAAAUGGCCGCUCUCUCGAAUCUCAUCAGAAGCACUGAGAAGCAGCUGGCGUCUGGCAAUGUUUCUUUCAUGAAGAAGUUCAAGACUGCGAUGAGCAGAAUCCAGGAGCUGCCUGAAAAGCCGCAGCUGCUGCCAGGAGGUCUGGUGGCAGUGGACCUGAUGGGGCCGUUAAGAGAACGAUCGUGUCAAGUCUGUCGGACAGAGUUUAGUUUGAUGGAUCCGCCUUUGAACUUGGCACUGAGGAAUAUGUGUGAGAACCUUCCACGAGCCUCAGUCAAUUCAGAAGACAUCUGCAGCUUGCAUGAGGAGAAAUUUCAACUCUUCUGUUUGUUCCACCGGGAGCUUGUGUGCCUCGUUUGCAGAGAUUCAGAAAUCCACAUUGGUCACAAGAUCCGGCCCAUCAAAGAAGUUGUGAAAAGUCAUCGUGAGAAACUCCAGAAAGGCCUACAGAAGGCCAAGGAAAGACUCCAAGAUUACAACGACUGUCGAGAGAACUGCAACGAACAGGCAGAGUACAUCAAAGUCCAGAGGAAGAAUGUCGAACGCAAGAUUAAGAAGGAUUUUGCGGAGCUCCGUCGCUACCUCGACAUCGAAGAGGAGGCCAGGCUGGCUGCAGUCAGGGAGGAAGAGAAGAAGAAGAGUCAAACGAUGAAGGAGAAAAUGGCGUCUCUCGAAGAACAAAAGGCCGCUCUCUUGGAUGUCAUCAGAAGCACUGAGGAGCAGCUGACGUUUGGUAAUGUUUCUUUCUUGAAGACGUUCAAGACUGCGAUGAGCAGAAUGGAGGAGCUGCCUGAAAAGCCGCAGCUGCUGCCAGGGGGUCUGCUGGAUGAAGCCAAACACGUGGGCAACCUCAAAUUCAAGGUAUGGGAGCUAAUGAAGGAGACGCUCGCCUACAGUCCCGUCAUUCUGGACCCCAACACGGCAUGUCCAGGAAUCAGUCUCUCCGAAGAUCUGACCAGUCUGAGUUGGGAAGACGUACAGCAGCAGCGUCCAAAGAAUCCAGAGAGGUUCCAGAAGGAGGAGUCUGUGCUGGGUGGUCCUUUGGACUCGGGAAGACACGUAUGGGACGUUGAGGUGGGAGACAGCAAUGACUGGGAAGUGGGGGUUGCGCGAACAACUGCAGUUCGACAUUCCGAACUUGCGCGCUGA